AUGGCGACACCUUUCGAGCCGCUUCAGUACUUGAAGCGCAUUCUCGUGACUGGCGGCGCUGGUUUCAUCGGUUCGCACGUUGUGAUCCACCUUGUCCAGUCUUAUCCACAGUACUAUAUUGUAAACCUCGACUCGCUCGACUAUUGCUCGUGUCUGUGUAACGUCCACUCGGCUAUUGCAUACAAUGGUCGUGUCGCCGUCCGUCUCCAGCAAAAAAGUGUCAACGCUUUAGAAAAAAGCAUUUUGAAAAGUGACGACAAAAACGAAUUGAUUUGGAAUCGAAUACGAGGUUUUUCCAACAAGCAAAAAGACGAGAAGAACGUGGAGGAGGACCACUUGUUUCUAACUGACGAGGAAAAGCAACGCUUUUUUUCUGGCGGACGAGUUCCUUGCAACCUUACCGACGAAUUACAAAUUUAUUUAUGGAAAUGUCACCGAGCCAGAGCUCGUCCAGGAAGUCAUACGGACCGAGCACAUUGA